AUGGCAUCUCUGUGGGCAUACUUGGCCAUUGCAGGAAUUGUCUCCCAUCUCGCCUACUUCAAACAUGACGAGCAUCACAUGUACAGCAUUCGCUAUGUCCAAGCCGCCACUGCCAUUCUCGCUGCUGGGUCAAUCUUUAUCCAGAAGACGCAACAAAAAACCUGGAUAGAUGCGGUCACUCAAACCUCCACGCUGUCUGCCUACUACCUCACCGGCCUCUUCUCCAGCCUCCUCAUCUACCGCGUGCUCUUCCAUCCACUACGCAAAUUCCCCGGUCCAUUCUUCGCUCGAACUUCUGCCCUCUGGUUCGCAUCCAAACUCAGCGCCCGCGAUGCCCAUAAACACCUCCUCGCCCUGCACAACAAGUACGGCCCCAUCCUCCGCAUCGGCCCAUCCGACCUGUCCAUCAUCAACCCCUCCGCCGUCACCACAAUCUACGGCCCUGCAUCCCGCUGCCAAAAAGGACCAUGGUACGACCUCGCGGACCCAGACUACUCCCUCCAAACCUUUCGCGAUAGACCAUCCCACGAUAAAAGCCGUCGCGCAUGGAGCACCGCAUUCAGCGAUAAGACGCUGCGGGGGUACGAAGAGCGCAUCCGUGUCUACCGCCGGCGACUCGUCGACUCCCUCACCUCGAUGCAGGGCGAGUCUGUGAAUGUCACGAAAUGGUUCGGCCUGUACAACUUCGACGUCAUGGGCGAUCUCGCAUUCGGCGAGGGCUUCCAGUGUCUCGAGAACGGCGAGGAGCAUUGGUCGAUCAAAAUGCUGCUGGGGGUGCUGGCGCAGUUGGGACUGUAUUUUCCGGCGUGGGUGUGGACGCUGCUGAAAGGGAUUCCGAUGGCGUCGAGGGAUUUGUUUGGGUUUUUGGAUUUUUGUGGGGAGAGGUUGGAGGCUAGGAUGCAGAAUAAACCAGACAUUCCGGAUAUCAGUGCUGCGUUGAUUGCACCGCAGAAAGGAAGGAAACCGACGGCGGAAGAGCGGCAUAUUCUGCGUGGGGAUUCACGGUUGAUUAUCAUUGCAGGAAGCGACACAUCGGCCGCGACUCUUGCAGCCAUAUUCUACGAACUCAUGCGACACCCAGAUGAGGUGGUGAAACUACGCGCAGAACUCGCUCCACACAUGGAUGAUAAUGGCGAGUUCUCGCAUACGAAAAUCAGCACUCUCGACCAUUUGAAUGGCGUUAUUAAUGAAGCGCUGCGUCUGCAUCCCCCUGUUCCUGGGGCUGUUCAUCGCAAGACACCGCCCGAGGGGAUUGAGGUGGAUGGCGUGCAUAUACCGGGGAAUACGGAUGUAUCCUGUCCGCAAUAUGUGAUUGGACGAUCCGAACUGACAUACGCCCGACCCAAUGAGUUCCUCCCGCAGCGGUGGUACUCGGAGCCCAAUCUGGUUAAAGAUAAGUCCGCAUUUGCGCCGUUCAACAUUGGUCCGUAUGGCUGCAUCGGCAAACCCCUAGCGCUGCUGAAUAUCCGGGCGACCGUUGCGCAGAUUCUCAUGACGUUUGAUGUGAGCUUUGCACCGGGGGAGAAGGGAGACAGGUUUGUGGGACAGGCCAAGGAUAAUUUUGUCAUGUAUAUGGGCGAUUUGGAUUUGGUGUUUCGACGGCGGUGA